AUGGAGAGCCAACGCAAAUCACCCGAAAAGGGCCUCGAGCUUCAGGACACGUCCGCAAGUGUCGGCGGCGGCGGCAUGGAUCAGGUUGCGGACCCGGCGGCUGUUCGUUCUCUCAAACGCAAGGCUGACUGGAUCCUCCUGCCCAUUCUGAGUUUUGCGUAUUUGUGCAACUCCUUGGAUCGCUCUAACAUUUCCAAUGCUCACACAGCCGGUUUGGAAGCAGAUGUUGGUCUCGUGGGCAACCAAUUCAAUCAACUCCUCACCUAUUACCAGAUCGCAUUUGUUCUCCUAGGUCCUGUGGUCUCCCUGGCUACGAAGCUGCUUGGUGCAAAGUACACCAUCUCGGGUAUGCUGUUUGUCUUUGGAAUCGCCUCUCUUGCCACGGGGUGGGCCAGGACCUUCCAGACGCUCGUCGUGUGCCGAGUCUUUGUGGGCGCGUUCGAGGCCGGAUUCCUCGGGUCCGUCAUCUACUAUCUCUCGGUGUGGUACACCAGAAAGGAGCUGGGCAGCCGCCUGGGCAUCUUUUAUGGGUCGCUGGUUGCCUCAUCCGCCUUUGGCGGCCUGCUGGCUUACGGCAUGUUCCAAGUCAAACCUGGGCCCGGCUACUUCCGGUGGUCAUACCUCUUCUUCCUCGAGGGCGGAAUGACCACCUUGUGGGCUGUUGUGUGCUUCUUUCUCGUGCCCUCGGAUACUCAAUCGGCAUGGUUCCUCAACGAGGCCGAGAAGCAGGCGGCCAAAGCAAGGCUGCAGAAAGACUCUGUCGAGACCUCCGAGGGCAACUUCAACCUCGGGCAGGCGCUCUCCGAGUUUAAAACCCCCCAUGGCUGGAUACGCAUCGUGAUUGUAUUCGUUGCCGGCACGGUGCUGACUUCCAACGCUAAUUUCCUGGCCAUGGUUGUCACGCGGCUCGGGCUCAGUGUCAUCCAGACCAAUUUGUACACCGUCGCCCCAGCGCUGACCGGCGCUGUUGUUCUCAUCGCAUACUGCAAGUCGUCCGACCACUUCCGCGAGCGUGGCGACCACAUGGCAGGCUCCUUCGUGGUCAGCUUGGUAGGCUAUGCACUGCUCUUCACCAUCGACCCGACAAACACCUCUAUUCUCUACUUUGCCAUAUUCCUCUGCACGCUUGGCGCCUACCCAAGCACCCCUCUCGGAGCCGCCUGGCUCGUCGCCAACAUUCCUGACCUCAAUGCCCGCGCUCUGACCAGCGGCGUGUACAUUGCCGCCGCCAAUUCGGCGGGAUUCCUCUCGAGCAACAUUUACCUCUCCGCCGAGGCGCCGCGGUACGUCACGAGCCUCCGCGUCAACAUCACCAUGUGCUGUCUCGGCGCCGCGGCCACGACAGCUUACGGAACCUGGAUGCGCUGGGAGAACCGCCGAAGGGAUCAGAAGUACGGAGGUGGGGUGGCUGGUGAUACUAGCUCUGGUUCCCGUGACCCGCGUUUCCGAUUUCAGCUGUAG